AUGCAACUCUCCAAGUUUGUUAUUCUCAACAUCACCGCCUUGCUCUUCUCCACUGGAGAAGCAUGCAAGUGCUAUGGAACUAAGGGCAACCUCAACAACGGCGCAACUCACAAGUGUUGUAACAUUACCAUGGUUGGAUUUGACAGGUGCUGCAAGGGUCAAGGCUCGGACUGUGACGUUCCCGGUCGUGCCGCUGCCCUGGGUCAGGAAAUGAGAGCUGUUAAGCAUGUCGAGAUCAAGACUGCCCUUGCCAAGUAA